CGGAUUGCGGUUACACAAGUCGAUUAAUGAGGAUAGCAGUGAUGUUGUGAAAUCCGGGUGGGCUUUUUCACCCUGGUCUCUUUUAGAUUGACACGCCCGCUUGUCAUUCUCACCCGAUGGGCUUACUGCAGGGGCGGAGCAAUAUGUUGAGUGACAUUCCUCGGGACGCCCUCCUCCGCCCACUCACUCGAAAUGAGGUGGUGGGGAUGCUCGUGAGACUUACCAUCUUUGGGGCUGCGACAUAUUACAGCAUCAAAUGGGUGGUGGAAGCGUUGGACCCGACACAAAAACAAAAAUCACUUGCCAAGAAAAGGGCAGAGCAAUUGAUGAAGCAGAUAGGGGUAGAAGGCAUCAGUUUGACGGAGUAUGAGAUGAACAUCGCCACUCAUCUUGUAGAUCCUCGCAGCAUUAAGGUGACCUGGAGAGAUGUUGCUGGUUUGGAUGAGGUCAUCACAGAGCUGCAGGACACUGUCAUCUUGCCUUUCCAGAAACUCCACCUCUUCCGUGGCUCCAAACUCUUCCAGCCCCCCAAAGGUGUACUAUUGUAUGGACCACCAGGAUGUGGAAAGACUUUAAUCGCCAAGGCAACAGCGAAAGCAUCUGGUUGCCGCUUUAUCAAUCUCCAGGCCUCCACUUUGACUGACAAGUGGUACGGUGAAUCACAGAAGCUGACUGCUGCUGUGUUCUCAUUGGCUGUCAAGAUUCAGCCCUGCAUAAUUUUCAUUGAUGAAAUAGACUCGUUCCUUAGGAACCGUUCAAGUAUGGAUCAUGAAGCAACUGCCAUGAUGAAGGCCCAGUUCAUGAGUUUGUGGGAUGGGUUAGAGACUGGAGCAAGCAGCCAGGUGAUGGUGAUGGGGGCCACUAACAGACCUCAGGAUGUGGAUGCAGCCAUACUGCGCAGAAUGCCGACUGCCUUUCAUGUCGGACUGCCUAAUGCAGCUCAGAGGGAAGAGAUCCUUAGACUUAUUCUGUCAGGUGAAAAGUUGAGUAAUGCAAUUAACCUUAAGGAAAUCGCUGGGCAAACUGAAGGUUACUCCGGCAGUGAUCUAAAAGAGCUGUGCCGGGACGCUGCCAUGUACCGUGUCAGAGACUACGUCCGCAAACAGCAGAUGAAGCAGAUCGUACAUCAGUUCCAGCUAGAUGAAGAGGAAGAGCACAUGGAUGGCAUGCAGCUGAGACCCGUGACUCAACUGGACCUGCUGUUUGGCCUAGAUAAGAUGAGAGAGUCCAAACAGGCCACCUCUACAGCUGACCCAGCAAAUUUGAGAGAGGUGCCGCUGGACUGAAAACCUCUCACUCUUCACGCUAUUGCACACUCUCAUUCUGUCUGUCUUUCUUGUCUUGUAUUUUUUGUCUGGUUCUUUCCCUCUUUCUUUGGAUAUUCCUGUCACAUCUCAAGCAUUGCAUGGCACUAAUGUUUUCACAGAUAGUAAAGAUACUGACUAUGUGAAUAUUAAUAGUAAACACGUAAAUUUAUGUGUCAUUAGUCUUGGCUCUUGGGUAUUUUUAUUUCUUUGUAUGACCGAACAUGAAUUUGUUUGCAUACUGUGUAGAAGCAAGUAUUGAACCAUUGUUUGAAUGUAAUGAGUGAGAGGAACACAAGCUAUUUUAUAGGGCAUAAAUGGGACGUUCAUCUUGCUGCUUUUUCAGCAUCUCGUGCUGGAGCACCCCAGUUUUUAGACAGCUUAUCAUGUUUUUAUAGAACUUUUAAAAACACGCCUUUCACUCGAGACUGCAUUCAACAUUUCUGCAGUUGGUCUGGACUAUUAUUCCCUAGUCUCUACAUGUGUUUCAGACCAACACAAUCUCACGAGAAUUUGUUGCAGUAGUACGAGGCUGCGAAUUCGUACGAGUUUGUCCGCACUAAAUCUUACGAUUUAUACACCCACUAAUGUGGGACGCCUCCCACUUGUCCUUGUAUUUCCAGAUGUGCCGUUUAUAUCACGUUAAUAAAAACUGUGCUUUUGGAAUUUGAAACCCUUAACCCAAUCUCUAAACCAAACUAUGAAUGUGCACGAGUACCCGAUUACUCGGGUACUGGGACUUGGCAGCAGUGAUCGAUCAUGAAAGUGAUGAUCGAUAGUGAUCUCGCAUGAUGUGACUUUUCACUUAAUUCGAAAUCCAGUGACAAUUACCUGACAACUAAACGCACAAACAAAGAGGGAGCUUAUUUUUAAUUUUGAGAUUGAUUGAGAGAUUGGAUUUGAGGGGUACAUUGAUUGUCAGAAACGUCUCAUAGCAACCAAACUGAUACAACACUGCAAUGCUAUCAUUUCGACAAUCAAAAGAGAGUGUAAUUAACCGUGUUUUGAACACCUGUCUCUGCAAAAUGUUUGCUAAGCACGUUUUUUUUAAAUUUCAUGUAAGAACUUUGACUUGUUAAUGGAUAUUAUUUAAUAAAAGUAAAUGUUUGUCAUUGACUGUAAACCUCCCUGCCCUGCUACCAAGUUUCCAAGUUAGAUGUCCAAUAUAAAGUGUCAUACCGUUGCACUUUCCCCAGUUGAAAGGUGGAAAUUCAGACUCUGAGUUGAAUGGAACGCUUCAUGAAUCAUAGCAACAACAAUACAGAGCAUUGCAGCUUUCCUCACAAGAGCGAACAUUUGACCACACACACACACACAGACACAUUUUUUCAGAGUUGGACAGCGAAUCUUCACAUAAUGAUAAAAUAUGAUGCAUUAUAUUUUGAAUCUUUUGUGCAUUUUGUAACAUAUUGUUUUAUAACAGCAUAUUAUAAACACAAUACACUGGAACAACAAGGCACAAUGCAGCAGCCAUAGACAUUUGUCAGACAUGUUAUUAUAUAUACAGUUAUGAACAUGUAAUCACCCCUUGAGUACUCGACAAGUACUCGAGUAAUUAGUCAGAAUACUCGAGUAUACAAAAUGACCAAAAUGCACAUCCCUAAACCUAACCAUAGAGUGUAACACAUUAACCUACCCAGAGCAUAAACAUAACCACAAUAUUAAUGUAAAAAAUCCUGAUGUGUAAUAUGGAAGAAAGUGACUCUUCUAGGUUCCGAAUGAGUAUGUGAAGCAUAAGUGAUUGGUUGAUUUAGAGUCCUUCAUUUUCGCACAAAUUAAGUCAUACAAAAUCGGCACCUCGAGUAUUGUGACGAAUUCCCAUGUUGGUCAGGCUCAGUCGAACAUCUUUCAACAGAUCUAGUUCUUGUAGCGUCUUGUGCUAUGAACGAAGUGUUUUUUCAAUGCCAUUACAAGGUACAGUACAUAUGGUACCAAACUUUUUAAAAAUUAAACCUUUGAAUUCUGCUCCAUUACUUUGUGCUCUGUCCAGCUGAUUUUAACGUAAAAGUGUGUCCUGUUAACGGCCCCUUGUCUAUACAUAUUUUAGUAAUCAGGGCCUAGAAUUCUCUAUGAAUUGUCUUUGUAGGGUGCAUGAGUGUUAAACUAAGGUUAAACUGAAUGGUGCAUGUGUGAUCGUUAUUAACAACAUUUUAUCCAUGAUAAGAUGAUUAGACAUGUAUUAUUUAUUUAAAAUUGUAAGCUAUAGUGUUUAGUAGUAGCAGUUAAAAUAUCUAAGAAUGCCUAUUGCAGACUGAAAGCAAUGUCUUCAUGUUUUACAUAGUAUGACUUGGAAAAAAUGUUGUAUAUGUUUCCAAUGAGACAAAUGGUGCUACAUGUAGGCUUAUCUCUAACAAAGGAUAGUUUCGAAAGGCGUAAACCCUCUGGUCAGUAAUGUCCUUUGUUGAUGUUCAGAGUCUUACUGUAUUUGAUUAAAAAGUCUUCGUUCUUUCACCAGCAUAACGAUACUCAUCUGUGUCAAACUGCAUCAUGGGACUUAUUUAUUUGGUAAUAAUAAGGGCACAUUUAUAGCAGUUCAUAUAGAGCUGACAUUAAGACCAGCUCCUGUCUUGAAACGGUCUAUCUGUCUUUCUGGUCCAUCAAAUCAUAGAGAGGUAGUUUUCUUAAUCUCUAAAUGCUCACAUUCAAGACUUUAUCAAGAAUUGAAGCAAUAUCUUUUCCUUUAUGCUUUAUGUGAGUUACUUUGAGGUGGAAAAACAUGCCUGGCAGCUUAACUACCUAUCAAAAUUGUUCAAAUGAUUCUAAUUGAAAUGGAAAAUAAGUGUCUUUGUUUAUUCAGAUAAAUGUGUUAUCCUGUCAUGUGCAGUUGCAUUAACGGUGAAUGAUUUGACAACAUGACAUAUAGCAUGGAAUUGAAAACGUGCAUGCUUGGCAGACUGCCCACAUUUAUUUCUGUGUUUGGGGAGAUAUUUGGCUUUCUUUUAGCACUUUUGCACUAAACAACACCUUUACUGUUGUUCUGUUUGCCUUUGAACGAUUGUUGUGCUGAAUUUGAAAUCAUGUACUCAUUUGUUUAAUUAUAAACUAUAAUUAAUGAAAGUGGUAUCCUAGCCUGCUUACUGUGUUUUUGCUAUCAUAAACAUGUGAUCUGUAAAAGUCAUGGAAAUUGAUUGAUUGAUUGAAAGUAUUCCCCUACUCAUUUCCUUUGAGCUGGAAACAAAAACUAUAAUUUACUUUUUGUCUUGCUAAAUUUUAGAUGUUAUGCUUCUAUCGUACCAAUAUUUCACCACAGUGUGUCAGUGUUACAUCAAUUUGGAAUGUAUGCUAUGAUUGUUGUCAGAAUCAAGCACAUCUGUCAGUAAAAAACUCAA